AUGACGUGUUGUCCCGAAUUAUCGUCGCGCGAAUGCUCUUAUCUGAAAGAGCAGGACCAACUUGACGAGCAAGGUCAGCCUCAUCACCGACGCACACGACUUCCGCCAUCAAUCGGCCCUGUGUUCACCCGUGAAGCAGCGACUUUUACUGGGUUGCCAGUGGUUCCCACUGAACUCGUUGAGGACCCUUCGAGUAGAAGGCCUCAUAAUCGACACAAACGUUCACCGGUAACGAUCGUUCCUGGGUUCACCGACGAAGUCACGACUUUCACCGACUCGCCAGUAGGCCCAACUGAAGUUGUGCAGGGUCGCCUGAGUAGACGG